AACAAAGAAAAUACACUGUUUUCUUCUUCGGUGUCAGAGCAAAAAACAUCACCAAGGUCAAAGAGUUUCGGCAUCUUCAAAGCCGCUGCCUUGGAGAAACCCUAAACAUUCCCUCUUUGCCUAAAUAAAUCCGAGAAAGAAAAUUAAUAUUUAUAUUACUUGAAGCUGUGGAGAUCUGAAUUUUAAAAUUUCUUAUCUAAAAUCCCUGCUUCCCCAGAUUCAAAUUCUGCUAAAGUUUUGCCUUUUGAAAUCGAGUAGAUAAUUGAGAAAAUAGCUUAGGUUAGUUGAUUGCCUGAAAUGACUGAUAACAAUUCACCCCCUGGGUCUCCCAAAGUAAACCCAGAUCAUAAUUCUGAGGCUAACCCGUUGCCCAAAGAUGAUAGCUCACUUGAAAACAUAGUUCGAAGGUUUCAGGAUUCAAUGUCCUUAGCAAAGAAACACAAAUUUUGGGAAACUCAGCCUGUUGGUCAAUUUAAGGAUGUUGGGGACACAAGUUUGCCUGAAGGUCCGAUUGAGCCCCCAACCCCAUUGUCUGAAGUCAAACAGGAACCUUAUAACCUUCCGAGUCCGUAUGAAUGGACCACAUGUGAUAUGGAUUCGGAAGAGACUUGUAAUGAGGUUUACAAUCUUUUGAAGAACAAUUAUGUUGAGGAUGAUGAGAAUAUGUUUAGGUUCAAUUAUUCCAAGGAGUUUCUUAGGUGGGCUUUGCGCCCUCCUGGUUAUUACAAGAGCUGGCAUAUUGGGGUCCGUGCUAAGACAUCAAAGAAGCUUGUUGCCUUCAUUACUGGUGUGCCUGCUAGAAUAAGGGUGCGUGAUGAAGUUGUGAAAAUGGCAGAGAUCAAUUUCUUAUGUGUUCAUAAGAAGCUGAGAUCAAAGAGACUUGCUCCCGUGAUGAUUAAGGAGGUUACUAGGAGAGUUCAUUUGGAGAAUAUUUGGCAAGCAGCUUAUACUGCUGGAGUUGUUCUUCCAACACCAAUUACUACUUGCCAAUACUGGCAUAGGUCACUAAACCCCAAGAAGCUUAUUGAUGUUGGCUUUUCUAGGCUUGGGCCUAGGAUGACAAUGAGCCGAACCAUUAAACUCUACAAGUUACCUGAUCAACCAGCCACCCCUGGAUUCAGAAAGAUGGAGCUUCGUGAUGUCCCUGCUGUCACUAGGUUGCUUAGAAAUUACUUGAGCCAGUUUGUUGUUUCUCCAGAUUUUGAUGAGAAUGAUGUGGAGCACUGGCUUCUUCCUACUGAGGAUGUCGUUGACAGUUACUUGGUCGAGAGCCCAAGGACGCAUGACAUAACUGACUUCUGUAGUUUCUACACACUUCCGUCAUCAAUUCUUGGCAACCAGAACUAUUCAAUUUUGAAAGCUGCCUACUCUUACUACAAUGUCUCCACCAAGACUCCACUGCUUCAGUUGAUGAAUGAUGCACUUAUUGUUGCUAAGAAGAAGGAUUUUGAUGUAUUCAACGCACUGGAUGUCAUGCAUAAUGAGUCUUUCCUCAAGGAAUUGAAAUUUGGGCCAGGUGAUGGUCAACUUCACUACUACCUGUAUAAUUAUCGGAUACGAAAUGCCUUGAGAACAUCAGAGCUCGGUCUUGUACUCUUAUAGGCUGGUAUGUUUCAGCUUUGAUCCUGCAGUUAGGUCUGGGUUGCAUCAUAUUUCUUGUUCCGCUGCAUCCACGGUCAAGGAUCUGGUUUGCAGUGCAUGAAAGAGCAACCUUAUUGCGUUGACAAAUGCAAUAUUGCUUUUGGGUUGACAAUCCAUAUUGUUCCAUGGACACCAAUAAUGUUGAGAUUAUGCAUGUGGUUUGUUUCAAUGUUUUACAA